AAAUGAACAAUGCUAAAUAUCCACAAGCUAAAAAAAAGGAAACUAGUAGUAACCAAUAUUCGCCGAGAUGAACAACCGAUAAAGACGGGCUUUGGGAUCAAACUGCUUGGGAUGUGUGUGGGUGUGGAGUUUUUGUGGACUCCCUCUUUUAGCUCGAUUGAAACGAAAGCAUACACUUUAACUCUCUCUCUCUCUCUCUUAAACUUUGUCCUCUAUCUCUCUCUCUCUCUCCUCUCUCACGUUUCCAUCUCCACAUCACCAACACUUUACUACGCAUUCCGCCCCACCCACUCAAUCAGCUACUUCACAACACACAUACACAACAUACACUAAACAACCCACAAACGACGAUCCGAGCAUCUCAUGGCGAAUAAGGUCUCGCAUCAAGACGUCGUGGAUGGCGGCGAUUCGAAUUCUGCUACGAAUGAGUCGUUACCCAUUGACGUUGUACCGCUCAGCUACGAAGAACGUGUUUGCAAAAACACUAACAAUAAGAAGAACAACAACAGUAACAACAACAACAGCAGCAGCAGUAAACGUACUACAUCGCCCCAUCCAAAAAAACAAAGAUCAAAGCCACGUAAAGUUAUCGGCAACUACACAUUGAUCACGACGUUGGGCAGUGGAUCUAUGGGCAAAGUCAAGCUGGCCAUGCAUAAUAUCACUCAUGACAAGUUGGCAGUAAAGAUCGUUCCUCGGAGCUUUGCCACGGAAGUGAAGAACGAAAAGGAUGGCGAGAACCGAGAAAUACGGACGAUCCGUGAAGCCAGCAUCAUGUUACUGCUAUACCAUCCACACAUUGUGAGUCUAAAAGAGCUAGUCGUGCUUGAUCCGUACUAUUAUCUGUUUAUGGAGUAUGUCGGUGGUGGGCAGCUGCUCGAUUACAUAAUUUCGCAUGGCAAAUUAAAAGAAAAACAUGCCCGACGCUUUGCCCGUCAGAUCGUGAGUGCACUAGACUACUGCCAUCGAAAUUCCAUUGUACAUCGAGACCUCAAGAUCGAAAAUAUCCUCAUAUCACAAUCCGGCCACGUUAAAAUUAUCGACUUUGGAUUAUCAAAUCUGUUUUCGCCACGAUCUCAUUUAUCGACAUUCUGCGGAUCACUCUAUUUUGCAGCACCGGAACUUCUUCACGCUAAAGCAUAUACAGGACCGGAAGUAGAUGUAUGGAGUUUUGGAAUUGUACUCUACGUUCUGGUGUGUGGCAAGGUACCAUUCGACGACCAGAGCAUGCCAGCCUUACACGCCAAAAUCAAACGAGGACAUGUAGACUAUCCUAGUCAUCUAAGCUCAGAAUGUAAAAACGUAUUAUCACGUAUGCUUGUAACCAACCCGAAUCAUCGUGCCACAAUAUCGGAGAUCGUUGUCCAUCCGUGGAUGAACCGAGGGUAUGAUGGUCCUGUGGAUAAUCAUCUACCGGAUCGAGCGCCGUUAUUACUACCUGUCGACAUGGAAGUGAUUCGGAAUAUGACCGGGUUCGGAUUUGGCUCCGAAGCCGAGAUCAAGCAGCAACUGGAAUCCAUCAUUACUUCUGAAGAUUAUCAAAAAGCCGCAAAGACACUCGCCAAACGAUCCCGCAGCUCUGCUUCGCGGAUGCAACACCACCACCAUCCAUCGCCGAUACCCAGCAGCAGAAAACCUUAUUCCAUGCCCAACGAUGACCCACAGUCAAUUCCUGCCGCCUACCACCCGCUCGUAUCCAUCUAUUAUCUCGUCAAAGAACGUAUGGAACGAGAACGACGAGCAGCUGCUUCCAGCUCAGACCCAGAAGGACGAACAUCCAUCAGUAGCAUGGGCUCUUUUGAUGAAUCCAUGAAACAUUUGCGCAUUCCCGACAUAUCCAUACCCGAAACGGCCCAUCCAGUCGAUUCUUCACCAUUCGAACAUACACCGUAUUCUACGAAUGGAAAUGUACAACACGACAUAUUUGGAGCCGGCAGUGGUAAAGUUGGCAGCAGCACAGAUGGAACGACGACGGGUGUUGCAUUUGGUAGACGUGGACGGACAAAUAUUCGUGUGGAUGACGAAGGGCAUAUUGUCGAGGCAGAUCGACCCAAUAUCUUGGAGAGUGGAUUACAUCGAUUGAUGAGCCGUCAGCCGUUCGGAAAUCGUACAUCAGAAAGCUCUUCAGCGGACGACGAAAACGAUCAACACCAUCACAGCCAACACCAUGGCAACAAUGUAUUUAAACGGCUUAGUAACGUGAUCCAACACCGUCGAUCCUCACAGGAACAAAGACGCAAUUCGCGCAACAGCACCGACUUGACACCGUCUACCCAUACACACCCAAUCAACAUACCCACCGCUUCCAACGCCAAGAAUACUAUUGAACCACCCGACGCCAAUAAUGAUAGUUUGCUGAUGAGUGCACCGCCACAACCGACGAUAACCACGAGCAGCAGUCAUGGAAGCUCAAGUUUUGGCAACAAAGUCAGUCAUCUGCUGGGCAGGGCUGGCAGUACAACUGCAGCACAUAACAACGACAACAAGCGUACACAACGGAGGCCACGGCAAGCAACAGUGAGUGGCACCAAUCCAUUAGCCGAAAACCGAGUUGUCGCGUCCGGCAAAGCACCUGCGCAGACAUUACCACAAGAAUUCGAGUCUCACGAACAGGUGUAUCCAUCCACAACGUCACGACCGCAAGGCACUGCUGAUGAAACAGUCAAGCAAGUGUUUCUAAAGGGUCUCUUUUCGGUCACGACAACGUCGACCAAACAUCCAUCGGUGAUCCGUGCAGACCUGAUCCGAGUUUUGGAACGAAUAGGUGUGAAAUGGCGGGAGACCAAAGGACGGUUUGAAUGUGUACAUAUGCCAAGUAUUGAUAUGAAUCGGGUGACGGACAAGAAGAAGAAAAAGAACAACAGCAACGAUGAUGACGGUGACGAUGACCCAGAAAGCCAGGAGCGACGACAGGAAGAGAGUGCACCCACGACGCCAUGUGGAGGAGCUGCUAUUACAGUCCCUGAUCUGGUCGUACGGUUUGAGAUAUAUAUUGUCAAGGUGUCAUGGCUCUUGGGGAUGCAUGGAUUGCAGUUCCGAAGGGUCAGUGGUGAUCCAUGGCUGUACAAAAACAUGUGCAGUCGUAUAUUAGCUGAAUUAAAGCUGUAGUUUAAUUUUUUUUUUUUGCUUUUUUUACUUCACUUGCUACUAAUAUUAUAUAUACUAUACUAUAUUAUAUUAUAUUAUAUUAUAUUAUAUUAUAUUAU